UUUUACUAAGCAUCAGUUUUCGUUCCCACGAGUUGAACUAGAAUUGGAGUAAUUGUGACUUUAAUUAUUUUUAUUGUGAUGUAUUGCAAAGCUAUCGUAGCGCUAGCCCUCUUUGGCUACGUAUCAGCAGCCAAAUUAGAUCAUUUGCAAUAUCUGCCUCCACAAGGAAAUUCCAUACAGGGAUCCAAUCAACCACAACCUUUUGCCCCUCCUAAGGUCAGCCAAGGAGGAUCUUCUUAUCCUUCUCAAGGUUCAUCGCAAGGACCACAAGGUUAUUCCGGACCCCAGCAGCAAUACGACGGACAGCCAUCGAAUCAAUAUGGUGCUCCUUCUAGCGGACCUUCUUCUCAAGGAUCUCAACAGUUUGGAGGUCAGCAAGGCCCUCAACAGAGGUCGCCUUUAAAUGAUGUUCCGAUUUUAAGGUUGGAUACAGAAAAUCCUGGAGAUGGUACCUACAGAUAUGCAUACGAAACUGGGAAUGAAAUCCAAGCCGAAGAACAAGGAAGUGCCCAAUCCGGCUGGAAUAAAGCUCAAGGAUCCUAUCGUUUUGUCUCUCCCGAAGGUCAAAAUUUCGAAAUCACUUACACCGCUGAUGAAAACGGUUAUGUACCACAAGGCGCCCAUCUCCCAACUCCUCCACCAAUCCCAGAAGAAAUCCUAAAAUCUUUGGAAUUAAUCAGACAGGCCGAAGCAUCUGGAAAUAUUAUUGAAGGCGCUUAUAAGCCUGAAGGUGAUGAUGGACAAUACCACGAAGGUCACGAUGAAGGACAAUACAAUCCUCAAAAUCCCAAUGGAGGAUACCAGCAACAAGGAGGUUAUCAACAAAAUCAGGGAGGAUAUCAGCAGCCGAGUGGAUUUCAACCACAACAGAGUAGCACAGGUUAUCAACAAGGAGGAGUGCAAAUAGCUAAGAAUGUCCCACAAGGCUUCUCAAACCAAGGACAAAAUGGAGGACAGCAAUCGUUGGCUUCUAAUGGAGGUUAUAAAUAUUAAGAUAUAGGAUCUAGGUUAUAAGUAAAACAUGUAAAUAUUUUUGUAGAUAAAAAAAAUAAAAAUAUUUUUUUAUUAUA